AUGGGAGUUUGCUAAUCUUAGACGUAGAUUAGAAAAUCUUUAAGAAAGAAACAGCUUCAAAUAGUUAGUGAACAAACAAUAUAAGAGAAAGUAAAAAGAAAUGAUAGUGUUCCUCGCCAUAAAACUAUGCCUUCAAUAAAUUGCUAUUCAAAAGAUAAAUUGGUUUCCUGUAAAACAAUAAAUAGUUCAAAAAUAAAAAAAAAGGUGUAUGGAGAAGCCUUGGCUAAGUUUUACUCAGUUCUUAAUUCAUAAUAUGGAUAUAAAAGUAUUUAUGUAUCGAAUUACUUAGACAAUGAUAAUACCCGACUAGUAUAACAUAAUGUUACUGGUGUAGUAAGAGUAGCAAGAAAUAUUCAGAAACCAGAAGAAUAAGAUGAUGAUUUUGAUCUCUAGAUUACAAAUCUAUAAGAACAAACCUAUGUAGUUUAAGUUAUUUAUUUCUAGACUUCUUUGCAUUUUGCUAAUAUCAUUGAGUUAUACUAAGAUUCCAAGAGUUAUUAUGCAAUAUAAGAAUAUUGCAGUGGAGGUUUACUAUCAGAUUUAUGUGGUUAAAUUAAAGAAGAAGAGGCGAUCUAUAUAAUAUCUUAGAUUUUAGACAUAUUAGAAUAAAUACAUAAAUAAGACAAUUGUCAUGGUAACCUUUCAAUAUAAAGUUUUGCUUUGCAUGAUCAAACAAACAAUCACUAUAUCAAACUAAUAGAUAUUCUUCCAAUAUUUUAAGUUAAAGAAAAGUCAAAAUUUAAUGAAAUAUAAAAGGCUGAUCGACAAGCAGUUGGACUUAUUUUAUUUUAAUUAAUAACAAAUAAACCAAUUACUCCUUAAACUAUUGAUAUGAUCAUUAAAAGACCAAGAGAUCUACCAACCAAAACUGAGUGGUAUUAAUUGGUUUUAUUAUUACUUGAAUCAAAAAGUUUUAUUAUUUAUGAGUAAGUGUUGUAGAAUAAAUAAUAUCGAGAAAUUGUUUAAAGAUAAGAAGCCCGAUAUGUUGAAACUAUAAUCAAUAAAUCAGUUAAAAAGACUUCCUAUAUUUAAUAGAAAAUCCUUAUUAUUAUGAAUUCUAUUUUUUUUAAAGAAAGAUAAUUGUAAUUGGAGAAGAUUUUUUAAAAGAAUGAUGAAAAUAGAAAUGGAACUCUAUCUAAAGAAGAACUUUAAGUUGCAUUAGGUAUUGAAGAGGAUAUUGAUGAUUUGUUUGAGAAUAUGGAUUGUGAUGGAAAUGGAGAAAUUGAUCUAGAUGAAUUUAUUCUUCAUUCUUGUGAUAGAAAAGCUUUAAUAACUGAUUUUAAUUUAGAAGCUACUUUUAAAGAAUUAUAGAGGAAAGGAUUUAUCACAGCUUCUAACUUCAGUAGAUUAACAAAUUGUGAUGAAGAGAAAAUUGAAAAUUGUUUAAUUGAAUUUUGUAAUAGCAAAAAGGUAAACAUUUAGAUUAUAAAGUAGAUGAACUAGGAAUAAUUGAAAAAAUUGAUGAUGGACUUGUUAUGA